AUGCACUCUGCCGGCGUUGUCAAGACCGCGACAAUUUCACCGAUCGAGUUUAUCGUCUUCGAGAAACCGGCCGGAAGGCGCUCUGCGGCAGCCGUCCAAUCGCCCGCUUCUCCGGCGUGGUUCGAUACCAAGCCAAUCCCUCUGGGCCCUGAUAGCCUGCAAGCUGAGUGCUCACAGGCGAAAUUGGGCAAACUGAUGCCGCAACAUAAUAACAGCGCUUCAAUAAACCAUAGUAAUGAAGAAGAUAAUCCUGCUAUGAUGGAGACUUUGAAUUGUCCUCAACUGCAAAAGUUACGCAGUGUUCAGGAGGCCCAACGGGAUCGACAUUUGGCUUUCAAAGAAGACACUCUCGAGUCUCUUUAUCUCAGACACGAAGAGUCAAAAUCUUUGAAGAGAAGAGAACAUCAGAGAAUUGAACGUGACAUAGAUGAUCAGAGCAUUCAAGAAGCGAAUCGACUUGAAGAACUUCAACUCAAUGCGGAGCUUGACUUAGUUGAGGAACUACGGCGAGAAAGACAAACGCUAGAAAUUCGUAUCCACCAUAUGGAAGGCUACUUGGCUGCCAGUCCCCAGCAUCCCCAAUCCUGGCUCCUGGAUAAUGACAUGGAAGACCCCCCUCCGAUCCAGCCGCGCCACCGCCAUGUCACGCAGAAAGACAGGGACCAUCUACUCGAAAGGUACCGCGAACGGGACAGGAUGGAUACUCUACAUAUGUCAAAGAUCAAAGUACUUCGAGAUACCCAGGAACGGAAAUACCAAGAAACAAUGUCGAGACAAGAGAAGAAAGCUAGCAAAGUGGCCGAUAUAAAUGAAAAAGACUUCCAGAACCUUGCCCAAGUCAUUGCCGGCCCAAUUUUAUUAUGA